AUGACCAGCACAAUGCCUACCCCUCAACCUCAACGACAACCACCCGCACCAUCCUCCCACCUCCCCGGCACCCAAACCCUAGGAGCUCGAACUCCUGGAUCCUACCCUCUCAGCGACCUCCCUCCCAGCAACUACACCCCCAACAACCAACCUCCCACAAAACCCAGCCCAAUGCGUGGACUCUCCGAGUACGCCGUGGCCGACACCCCCGCCACAGCCAACUCGGAAUAUUAUGCCAACGCGGCAGACUAUUGGGAAGCGAGGCCUGUUGUUGUCUCCCGGGAGCAGAGCCAGCAGCAUGCGACCCCCCAAGUCCAAGACCGAGAUCAAGAAGGGCUCUCAUCCCCAAAAAAAGUGACGGGAGCCGAUGAGAGGGACGAUGGAGGAGUAGCUAGCGGAGAGGAAAGGGAAGGAAGCAGAGCGGGAAGAGCGGGAACUCAUAUUGCUGAGGAGGGAGCAGUACAACAAGGAGAAGGGCAAGAACAAAAACAAGACCGCGACCUACCCACCACCACCCAGGCACAGGAUAUCCCCUCUGUCCCCCGCCCUAUAGACAACUCUCCCCUCCCCCAACAACAAGAGCAACCAACAAGAACCGCAAACAGCACAGAAAAACACUCCGCCAGCCCAUUCACCAGCAGCCCUUUGACCCGCAGCAGCCCAUUCCGUGGCAGUCCAUUCCGCGCCAGCGCCAGCCCCAACAGCCACGGCCCAAACGGCGGACAAAUGGGCGGACGCCGACGUCGCGAAAGCACAAUGAUAGCUGAUGGUAUCGAUAUCACCACGAGCACGAUGGAAAAUAACAGCCACAACGCAACAGACCCGGCGGCAAUGGAAGCGAUGGGUGCGAGGGGGAGGAGGGAGAGUAUCAUGGGCGCUCGUAAUGCAUUGGUGUGA